AUGAACAAUACUUCGUUUUACGCAUGCCCGAGACUCAAACUAAAAUGGCGGCCUAGGGAAUGGAGAAUAUGGUUUUUAUUUGUUGUUACGGUUUUCGUAGCUCAAAAUCUGCUUAAUUUGAGAAAAGAUGAAAGAAAUGGUCGGAGGUUGUUGUGUUUGUUCGGACGAGCGAGGUUGGGCGGAAAACCCGCUGGUCUAUUGCGAUGGCAAUGGUUGCAGUGUUGCGGUUCAUCAAGCAUGCUAUGGAAUUAUUCAGGUGCCAACUGGUCCCUGGUUUUGUAGGAAGUGUGAAUCACAAGAGAGAGCAGCUAGAGUUAGGUGUGAACUAUGCCCUUUAAAAGAUGGUGCGUUAAAAAGGACUGACAAUGGAGGCUGGUGUCAUGUGGUCUGUGCAUUGUUCAUUCCUGAGGCAUGGUUUGCCAAUGUACAGACGAUGGAAAGGAUUAUGCUAAAAAAUGUGCCACCAGACAGGUUUAACAGGAUGUGCUAUAUCUGUGAGGAGAACGGCAAAGAGUUGUCAAAGGCUUCAUCUGGUGCUUGCAUGCAGUGUAAUAAAAAUGGAUGCAAACAAAACUUCCACGUGACAUGUGCCCAGGCCCAAGGGUUGCUGUGUGAGGAGUCUGGUAGCUAUGGAAACAAUGUGAAAUACUGCGGCUACUGCAACCAUCACUACAAGAAGUUGAAAAAAGAUGCCAACAUCAAGACCAUUCCUGCCUUCAAGCCCAUUCCGUCUGAUCAGGCCACACCGGAGUCCACCCCUGAGAAAGCCAGCAAUGAGCCGAGAGUGAACAUCUCUGCGGAACACAAGAACCGCGAGUCUAGCGCGGCAAGGCAAUUAUCAGGGGCUGUGACUACAGACGGCAGGACAAGUGUGCGCUCAUCCGGGGAGAAAAAGGGAUCCGUAUUGCUCAACACUGGGAGGGACUCAGACUCAAAAUAUGGUCUGGAUUCAGCUCCCUCGUCGGUCAAUCCGCCUUCCACCACAUCGAUGUCUCAAUCCUCCUCAUCGUCAUCAUUAGCCACAAUGUCAGCAGCGACGUCUGAAGCCACAAAAUCGGCAACGGAGACCGUUACUGUGCUGACGUCUACAUCUGACAGGGGCAAAUUGUUCUCCCCUUUGCCUGAAUGGCAGGCAAAUAUCCCUGUCACAACUCAGUCAUCGUUCCCCACGUCGCUGGAUGGUAUAUCGAGCAUGGUGUUCAGCCACGCCUCCACUCCCACCACUGACUCGGACCCCCUGCAGGCUGGUAAACCCAAGAGAUCCAGAACUGGGUCCAUUGAAAAGGAGAGGAAGGCUGUAUUGAGGAACAAGACCACUAAACAGAGGACUCUAAGGAAGACCUCAGUGUCUACCAAUGAGGAGGGGGAAGGGGUGUCUCCACCUGUCUCCAAACGCUCGCGGAAAAAGUCUGGAGCUGCACAGGCUACAGCGACGACAGUGGCCGUUACAGCGACAGCAACAGUAACAACGGCAGCCUCUAGCAGUACGACAUUGGGGCCUCAGAAUUUCAACGUUUUUGGUGGGGAACCUCGUUUUCUUAACCCGAUUUCAAGACCACCAGUUACACAUAGUGAAACUGCUCUCCGGUGUUCAAACCUACCAAGCAUGGAAACAGGGCCCAGUUCUCUUGCUGAUUUUAAGGAGCGUUUUUCAAAUGGACCUAUGAUGGGUCCCAGUCUUCCAUUCUUUCCCAGUCGAUUCCAGACAUCCCAGGCUCCCAUCAAAAAGGACGAAAGUGAAACUCCAAGCAGUAUGGAGGAGCUGCUAGAGAGACAGUGGGAGCAGGGCUCUCAUUUUUUGAUGGAACAGGGCCAGCACUUUGAUAUUGCCUCUUUGUUAAGUUGCCUUUACAAGCUGAGGACGGAGAAUCGUCGUCUGGAGGAACACUGUCGCAAUCUGGUAUCACGUCGUGAUCACCUGCUGGCCGUCAAUGCCCGCCUCACCCUGCCUUUGUCUUUAACUCAGCCUGCAAGUACAGGGACGGUUCAGAUGACUCUUCCAAAGGAGGAGUCCACCCUAAAACGCAUGGAGACCAGUACCAUGUCAACUGAAGAGGGAAGCAGCCCGAUAAAUGUGGUGGAUACAAGUGGGAGUGGGAAUGCAUGUGGGAACAGCCCUGUACCAGCAAGUAAUGAACUGCUGAGACAUCAGCUGUUCUAUUCAACCCCUAUGUCUCAGAUUUCAAAAGAUGAUAAAAUUCAUUCUUCGGCACAACAAUCAAAUACUCCUUCUAAAGACAAAACUUGAAAGUGGGAAUUUUAACACUGUACAGGGUAACUUAUAUCAGAGGAAGAUACAUCUUCUUCAACAAGAAGGACAUUCAAGCAUUCCAGUCCUGUUCUGAAAUGCAUGGACGCAAACAACUUUCUAAUGGAGAGUAAAAGGGGAACAGA